AUGUCGCGCGCCCCUCUGCUGCGCUCUUCGCCAGCCCUGGGCGCCUCGUCCUACGGUGCUGUGCGUUUUCCAUACGACCCCGAUGACCCCGGCCCCUCGGCCACGAGGAUCCCCGCCAAGAAAAGAUCGCGUUCGUCCCGCCGCCGACGGAACAGCGGCUGGCAUGCCCAAGCGCACCACCGACGACCCUCGUCGGCCACAUCGGACGUGGGCCUGGGCGCCGACUCCAAGUGUUCGUUCGCGACCGGGCUGGCCAUGCCGGGUAAUUCCGCCUUUCAAAAGACCCCGUCCACGUCGCCCGACAUGACCAGUGACGACGAUGAGGAUGUUCUAGACAUUGAUGACGAGGAUGACAAGUCGACGGAUGAUGAUCCUCCAGACAAUUCCCCUUAUGCCCAAGUGCGUGCUUCGGUCCCGGCGACAGAUGACAUUACCCUUUCGAUCAACACCCCUCGCAUGUGGAUCCUCGCGUUGAUCUUUUCAUUAACCGGCUCGGCGGCCAACCUGUUCUUCUCCCUACGCUAUCCGAGUGUCGCAAUUACCCCGAUUAUUGCUUUGGUCUUGGUCCAUCCACUGGGCAAGUUCUGGGAUUUGCUUCUCAAGCGGACCGAUGACCCUGUCGAGGUCUUUGAGAAUGGGACUCUCCACCACCGGGAAUCGCCUGCGACUGACCUCGAGCUCUCUAAUAUCACCUGGACCUCUCGUUUCAGACUCUGGCUCGCCCAAGGCUGUUGGAACGAAAAAGAGCACGCCUGUGUCUAUAUCAGCAGCAAUGUCUCCUUCGGAUUUGCUUUUGCAACGGAUGUCAUUAUUGAACAGCACAAAUUCUACAAGCAAGAGGUCCCGAUUUCAUACCAACUUCUGCUCAUAAUCUCGACCCAAGUUCUCGGCUAUGCCUUUGCGGGCCUCACUAGGCGAUUUCUGGUACGACCAUCGGCCAUGAUCUGGCCGGGGACUCUAAUGUCCACGGCCAUGUUCUCCACCAUGCACAAGUCCGUCAACAAGAGAGCAGAUGGAUGGCGAAUUUCUCGAUACCGGUUUUUCAUCCUAGUGUGGGGAGGUGCCUUUCUCUGGUAUUUCGUCCCGGGGUUGCUCAUGCCGGCGCUGAGUUACUUCAAUGUCAUCACUUGGCUAGCUCCGAAGAACGUCGUGGUGUCGAACCUGUUUGGCGUGGCCUCGGGCCUCGGCAUGUUCCCUUUAACCUUCGACUGGGCACAGAUUGCGUACAUAGGUUCUCCUUUGCUGACACCGUGGUGGGCGGCCGCCAAUAUUGUGACGGGAUUGGUCGUGGUCGUCUGGUUUCUCUCUCCGAUACUGUAUUAUAAAAAUGUUCUCUUUUCCGCAUACAUGCCGAUCCUCUCAACGGCGGUUUUUGACAACACUGGGCGGCCAUACAACGUGAGCCGCAUCUUGACCAAAGAUUUCUUGUUCAAUUGGGAAGCAUAUGAAAAAUAUUCUCCGGUCUACCUUCCAAUCACUUACGUGCUCUCCUACGCUGUCCAAUUUGCAGCGUUGACAUCGUUGGUCACACAUACAAUUUGCUGGUAUGGAAAAGAUAUUUGGAAUCAAACCAGAAAAGCCUUUAAUGAACGACAAGACCUACCGAACUUGGAAACAUACCAGCCGUUGAGUGGAAACCGCGGGCCUGCUACUGGUCGACAAAGCUAUGAUCUUUCCCGCAAUAGUUCUCGCGACAAUCCUCGGGAGAGCUUAGGCGUGGAGGAUGUUCAUUGCCGCUUGAUGCGCCGUUACAAAGAUGCUCCGUUGGCAUGGUACCUCAUUGUGCUUAUCUCCAUGGUGGCAAUUGCUAUUUUCACCGUCGAACACUACCCGGUGCAUCUGCCCUGGUACGGAUUGCUUUUGGCUUUGGGCGUCACCGCUACAUUCUAUGUUCCGAUUGGGAUCAUCAUGGCAAUCACCAACCAGCAUAGUAGUCUCUAUCUGAUCUGUCAACUUCUCUGCGGAAUUGUUUUUCCCGGACGACCGGUGGCGAACAUGAUAUUUGUGACGUACUCCUAUAUCAGUUCCGCUCAAGGGAUCAAAUUCUCCGCAGACCUGAAGCUAGGCCACUACAUGAAGAUCCCUCCUCGCAUUCUUUUUGGUGUGCAGAUGGCAGCAACCCUGAUCUCAAGUCUGACACAGAUUGGGGUUUUGAACUGGAUGUUUACCUACAUCCCGGGACUGUGCACUGCGCAGGCGAUCAAUGGCUUUAACUGCCCCAUUGCUCGUGUCCACUUCAACGGAAGCGUUCUCUGGGGCGUUGUCGGGCCGCAACGUUUCUUUGGACCCGGAGGGUUAUAUCGACCUCUUGUGUGGGCGUUUCUGGUCGGUGCAGCUGCUCCUUUCGGUGCAUGGCUGCUCGGGCGUCGGAGCAAGAAGAGCUUCUGGCGCAAAGUCAACUUCCCCAUUUUGUUCGGUAGCCUCAGUUGGAUCCCUCCGGCCACUGGGCUCAAUUUUUCCAUCUGGGCACUGGUGUGCUUCGUGUUCAACUUUGUCAUCCGGCGGAAAAAGACUGCCUGGUGGGAAAAGUACGCGAUGACGCUAUCGGCCGCCCUCGAUUCCGGGCUGGCAUUUGCCGUUGUGGUUGUUUUUUUUGCCUUCAUCUACCCCGGCUGGGCCGAGGGGCUCCAAUGGUGGGGUACUGAGAUCUACAAACAGGGCUGUGACUGGAUUGCCUGUCCGUACAAACCACUCGGGCCGGGCCAAAAAUUCGGACCUUCAUCUUGA